AUGUCGUCUCCGCCGCCCACCACCACGCCGUCCGCGCCUCCGCCCGCACCCUCGAUCGUCGCCACAAUGGCGGGCUCUCCGGUGGCCGCCACGUCGGCGGGCUCCGCCGCGCUGGCGCCCGUCCUCUACCCGCCCGAGCAGAUGAGCGGGGUCAUCAACGACCUCGUCACCGCGGUCCAAGGCAUCCGCCUCUUCUUGAUCGGCUCCCGGGGGCCCCCGACGCCGUCGCAGUCGGCCGCCUUCUCCGUGCCGGCGCCCGCGCCAUGGGCUCCGCCCUUCACAGGCGUUUCGCUGCUGCCUCCACCGGCGUCGGUCCAGCCCUGGGCGCAGUGGCCGCCGUCCGCCCCCGCCAGACCGAGUGCCACCGCCACGGGGGGCAUUCCCAUCCACCAGAUACGUUUCCCCCUGUCUCCGUCUCUGCUGCCAGCGUGGCUCGCAGCGCCAUCGACCCAGCCGGUCUACACCACCACCGGCGAGCCGCCGGUUCCCUCCCUCUCGGGCGCCGCCCCCGGGGGGGGUAUGCAUGCCCCCAUGAGGCGCGCCCCGACGCGCACGGCCCCGGCGGGGUUACACAGCCACCGCCCCGCUACACCAAGGUCGACUUCGCCACCUACGAUGGGUAGGAGGACCCCCUGA